AUGCCCCAGAAACGAGAGUCCACCUCGAGCCAUCUCGAAGACAUGACCGUCGCCGCCGAACGGGGGUUUUCGCCUACCCCUGAUUCCAAAGACGCCCCCGAUAUAGACCACAACAACCCCCAGAACUGGUCCACUUCAGCCAAAUUAACCACAUAUCUCACCAUCUGCGCCUUCACCUUCCUGGCCAACGUAAAUUCCAGCAAUUUUACCGUCGCCACCAAAGCCAUCAUCCAUGAAUUCGGUGUCUCCCAAACCCAAGCAGGAGAGCUCGUCUGCUUCAAUGUCUUCCUCUUCGGCCUGGGGAAUAUCAUCUGGGUGCCCUUGAUGCGCGUCGCGGGCAAACGUCCUGUCUACCUUCUCGCCAUGCUGACACUCAGCAUGAUGAAUGUCUGGUCUUCCCAGGCCACGAGCUACAAAGAAUUGCUCGCCUCUCGAAUUCUUUCUGGAUUUCCAGCAGCUGCAGCCGACGCUACUGUGCCAGCCGUGGUGGGAGACAUGGUCGCUCCCCAUGAUCGCGGGCAUUAUCUAAUGAUUUUCCAUCUUUCCCUGACCAGUGGUCUUUUCCUCGGUCCUCUAAUCAACGCCUAUCUCGUACAAGAGGAAGAUUGGCGCUGGAUGUGCUACUUCCUAGCUAUCGCAGUGGGAGUUGUCUUUCUCAUAUCCAUCUUCACCAUUCGCGAAACAACUUACCUCAAACGCGACUCGGACGUAAAGCGAUCACACUGGCAGUGGAUGUCUGUAACUCUAGGCUACGAUCGGAACGCAUCCUUUAUCCGAACACUCUCAGAUAUCUUGGCUUGCGCGUCGUAUCCGCAGCUGCUCUGGUGUGCUUUCAACAUCGGUAUCUCCAUGGGAUGGAACAUCGUCGUCCAGCUCACCUCCUCGAAAACUUUCACCGCCGCACCCUAUAACUGGCCCAUCGGAAACCUAGGCCUACUCUCCAUAUCCGGCUUUAUCGGAUGUGUUCUCGCCUUCUACGUUGCCGGCCGGCUAAUCGAUAUCAUCUCUACGCGUUAUGCAAACCGACACGGCGGCCAGCGAUUGCCCGAAUAUCGACUACCGGCUCUUCUCAUCCCAGGCACGAUCGGGCCCGCGGGGAUCCUCACUUUCGGCCUCUGCAUCGCAUACGAUACACCCUGGAUCGGGGCGGCCUUUGGAUACGGUAUGCAAGCGUUCGGAGUGGCUGCCAUUUCGAACGUCGCGGUGACUUACUCCUUGGAUUGCUACAAACCGGUCACUGGCGAGGCACUCGUGAUUAUCUUUGUCAUCCGCAACACGAUUGGAAUGCUUCUGUCUCUGUACGGAACCAACUGGAUAGAGCGACAAGGCCCUGCGGCCGUAUUUGGGGAAAUGACAGCCAUCCAGGUAGUGGCUCUUUUGUUGGCCAUUCCACUAUUUUUCUACGGGGAGCGGUUACGAACUUUAACAUCUCGAUAUGGGCCUAUGAAGCGAUUCAGCACCAUAUAA